UAAACCAAAAGGUAUGGGAAAUGAAAUGUGACAUGGUUUAUAAAAGACGAGGUGGUUCAUCGAGUGAUGGGUUAAACAUUUUCAGAGAGCUAUUUGUGGCCUGCUGCUUCACACACCAGACAGAACAGCAUGGAGACGCUUCUCUUUCUAUUUCCUCAAUUCAACUACAUGGCCCCGAAGGAGGAAGCAUAUUUCAAAAUGCUAGGUCCAGAAGACUUGCAAGCACCAAAGAUGAAGGACGACAGUAGCAGACAGAAAGACAAGGAGAGGAAGAGCCGACUAAGCCUUUUUCUAACCAAGUCAGGCUCUCACGAAAACGUCAGUCCCCAUAAAAAGACAAAUACGACACCAAGCAACAUCUCAACAGAGGCAGCUUUGCAAUGGAGCGACUCUUUUGAAGAACUGCUAAAGCACUCUGAUGGGGUGGAAAUCUUUUCUCAGUUCCUCAGGACAGAGUUCAGUGAGGAAAACAUUGAAUUCUGGUUGGCCUGUGAAGAAUACAGCACCAUUGAUUCUGAGACAAAGUUGCGGUCCAAGGCCAAAUAUAUUUAUACAGUUUUUAUUGAAUCGGAUGCCCCUAAAGAGGUCAACAUUGACUACAACACCAAGAUGGCUAUCCAAAAGAACAUAGCACAGCCCACUAAGAGCUGUUUUGAAGCAGCCCAGAUGAAAGUCUACAGCCUGAUGAAAAAGGACUCCUACCCCAGGUUCCUCCACUCUGACAUUUAUCUGCGUCUCACAAGGAGGAAAGGCCCUGGGGCCACCAUGUUUCGCAGAAGGUCACGCUCCUGUGUGUUCAACGAGAGAGGCGAGGCCACGACUGACUCGGCCUGGUAACCCAAUGUAACAUGCAGGUGCAGGUGUAGCAGCUCAUUCUGUGAAACUGAUUAUUAUAUAGGAGAUAAUCUAUGAUUUGCAGCACAAUCGUUAACAUGUUAUGUGCGCUGCAGAGGCUUAUUAUCCACAGGUUUGCAUCUGCAGAGUGUGUUGCGUUUUUAAUAUACAUAGAACCACUGGGGUCAGUGUGGGUUAUCUCACUUACACAGUACAACGUUUCAUUUAAAUAGUUAAACAUUUUGGGAAAUAUGCUUAUUUGCUUUCAGGCCCAGUGUGAGAUAAGCAGAGUGUACCAAAUGUGUUUAGUUGAAAUUAAGCUACAGCCACCAGCUAGUUAGCUUAGCUUAGCAUAAAGUCCACAAGCAGGAAAUAGCUAGCCUGGUUCUGCCCAUUGGUAGCACCUUUAACGAUCACUAAUUAACUCGAUGUAUCUGUUUUGUUCAAUCUAUGUGAAAACUGAAGAGUAAAAAUGACUCAUUAUAAUGCUGGGUGGAGCAAUCUAUUGGCUCAGUAACUUCCUUUGUUAGUUGCCUGACAACCUCACAGUGACAACAACACUCAUGAAAUUUAGCUAGCUGUUCCCCCCUGUUUCAAGUCUUUACGCUAAGCUAAGCUAAGCUGGCAAUAGCUUUAUAUUUAUGGAACAUCACAGUGGUAUGAUUCUUGUCAUCUGACUCUCACCAAAACAAAACUAGUAUAUUUCUCAAGGUGUUGAAAUAUUCCUUCAAGUAAUAAACUACACAGCUGGAUAACAGCUGACACCAUUAGCCUUUCAGCUAUAACAAUAUAUUGAAAAAGGUUGAGGCCCUUUUGUCAGGGCUAUGCGCUUAACUGAAAUGGACACCUUCCCUCAAAUCAGAAUUGAGUAUUUUCUUCUCAGACACGCUCCUUUGCUUGUGGGUUGAACCUUUACUGAUGUUUUAUUUUCUCAAAUCUUGCAAAACUUGAAUGACAAUGGGAUGAUUGGGGACAUAAUCUCAGCUGAACCGCCUCCAUGCUACUGACAAUAUUCUGUGUAAAGGCAGCCACAAUGAGGCCUCUCUCCUGACUUCAGACACAUUAUGCUUCAAGUGCUUUGUCAUCCAAUCCAGCAGUAGCACCUUAUACAACAUUAAUACAGUUGAUAUGGUAUAUAAGCUAAUUUGACCAUAUCUCAUUAGAAUGGAUUAAUCUAUCCCUUGCACUGUCCAACCCGCUCCAGACUAACUUGCAGUGAAAGCCUGCAGCCAUGGUGACUGCAAAACACUGAAACUUUUUUAAUGAGGGAUAUAUAUCUUUCAUUUCUGUUAUUGAUUAAAAUCUGUCCCAUUUUCACACACAGAUAAUGCAUAUAUCUUAUUUGAAUACUAAUAUUAUAUCAUUAUAUUAAUUAUGAUGCUGUUUUACCUUUUGCUACCAUCUAGUACAAUUUGUGUAUUACUAUGAUCAUAUGUUUUGCCUCGCUGUUGUAAAAUUUAUAUACUAUAAUAUGUGGAGUAACUCAAAUAAACACUUAUAAAAGCA